AUGUCGCGAUACCUCCGUCCUGCUGCCCGGGCAGCUGCCUCUGUUUCGCGAGCAACCCCCUUUGCCGCAUCCGCCAUCCGAUCGGUUCCCCGCGCCACUUCCACAUUUACUCUGCAGAGAAGGACAUACGCAGAGAGCAAGGGCGUCAAGGAGUACACAGUCCGUGAGGCCCUGAACGAGGCGCUAGCUGAGGAGCUUGAGCAAAAUGACAAGGUCUUCAUCAUGGGUGAGGAGGUUGCUCAGUACAACGGUGCCUACAAGGUGACCAAGGGACUCUUGGACCGCUUCGGCGACCGCCGUGUCAUUGACACUCCCAUCACCGAGUCGGGUUUCUGUGGUCUGGCUGUCGGAGCUGCCCUCAGUGGCCUGCACCCCGUCACCGAGUUCAUGACCUUCAACUUUGCCAUGCAGGCCAUUGACCAGAUUGUCAACUCUGCCGCCAAGACCCUGUACAUGUCUGGUGGUAUCCAGCCCUGCAACAUCACUUUCCGUGGCCCCAACGGUUUCGCCGCCGGUGUCGCCGCCCAGCACUCCCAGGACUACAGUGCCUGGUACGGCUCCAUCCCCGGUCUCAAGGUCGUCAGCCCUUGGUCCGCCGAAGAUGCCAAGGGUCUGCUGAAGGCUGCCAUCCGCGACCCCAACCCCGUCGUCGUCCUCGAGAACGAGCUCAUGUACGGUCAAUCCUUCCCCAUGUCCGAGGCCGCCCAGAAGGACGACUUCGUCCUUCCCUUUGGCAAGGCCAAGAUUGAGCGCUCCGGCAAGGACUUGACCAUCGUCACCCUCUCCCGAUGCGUCGGUCAGGCUCUUACUGCCGCUGAGGGCCUCAAGAAGAACUACGGUGUCGAAGCCGAGGUCAUCAACCUGCGAUCCGUCAAGCCUCUCGACGUCGAGACCAUUGUCAACAGUGUCAAGAAGACCGGUCGCCUGGUCUCUGUCACCUCUGACUUCCCUGCCUUUGGUCUCGGUGCCGAGAUCCUGGCUCUGACCAUGGAGUACGCUUUCGACUACCUCGAGGCUCCCGCCCAGCGUAUUACUGGUGCUGAGGUGCCUACCCCCUACGCCCAGGGUCUGGAGCUCAUGAGCUUCCCUACCGAGAAGCUGAUUGAGGACUACUGUGCCAAGAUGCUCAAGGUAUAA